AUGGAAGAUCCAACCACACCCCAUUAUCUGACUUCUAACAGGGACAGGUUGACUGUGCACGGUCCCUCUGGUCCUCUGGUUGCUCCUCUGGGAUCUUCAGUGGUUUUGCCCUGUUAUGUUAAUGAGCUCUUACUAAUGGAGGAUCUGGAGGUUGAAUGGAGAAGAAGAGACUCAGAGACUUUAGUUCAUCUGUAUCAAGAUGGUGAGAGUCGAGCAGAGGCCCAGCAGCAGGAUUAUCAUGAUAGAGCUCAUUUCUUUACUGAUGAGAUUCAACAUGGAAACUUCUCUCUCCGUCUGGAUAAUCUGAGAGCUGAAGAUGAGGGAAAAUACACAUGUAAAGUUUACAGUCAGCAGAAUUAUGGAGAAACUGUGGUUCAAAUAAAAGAUGUUGAGCGUCUGCUAGUAUCAGGCUCAGAUGAGUUCAUAACUGCGUCUGUGGGUGAAGACGUCACUCUGAACUGCUCUGUAGACUCUCACAUCACACCUGAAGACUUUGAACAGGUUUCAUGGAAGAAAACUGAUGAAGAUAUUCUGGUUCUGCUCUACCAAAACAAUGAGACUUUACCAGAGUCAUCAGAUGAGCGAUACAGAGACCGAGUUGAGUUCUUCAUUGAUGAAAUCCCAAAUGGGAACUUCUCUGUCAGACUGAAGAGUGUCAAAACUGAGGACAAAGGAGUUUACAUGUGUCAAGUGUUUGCUGGAGGACUUUCAGCCAAUGCAACUGCAGUUCUGGAGCAACUGGGUUUAUCUGUCUUACACAUAAUGGUGCUGAUUCUCUGUUUUGCUGCAUCUGGAUCUGCUCUUCUGCUCUGCUGUCUGAUCUACUGCAGAUCAUCUAAAAAAGCUUUGAGUCUUCAGGUUUUGCUUGCCAUCUGUCCAAACAUUAUUUUGCUCUUGACCUUUGUCCUUUGGGGUUUCACUGAAGGAUUUUGGAAUGAGACCAUCAUUUGUUGUGCUCUUUAUAUUCUGAGGCCUCUUAUGUUGUUUAAUGCUGCUCCAUAUCUAAAAAAUCUUCCAAGAGCAUGA